GUGCUCAGGUCCGACUCGCUCAUGCUCGCUCGAGGGGAAUUGGAGGGGCUGCUGCUGGGAGAGGAGACUGGAGGAACGGCUGCUGCUGCUCUCGCGGCGGAUUCGGUAAUGAAAGAGCGAGCAGCUGGGCGACGGCGACGGGGUCAGAAACGGACGGCGGCCCGGACGACGCGAAAGGCCGCGCCGCACAAGUUGUGCGGCACAACAACCAGACAAUCAACGACGCGACGGACGGACGGCGCGGGGACUUUUGCUGCUGGAUCUCCGACGAGAGAUCGCCUCGGCAGAUUUUGCCAUGGCGCUGCUGUGGAUGCAGCAUUAUCGUCGUGGAUUCUUGCCAUCAGUUGUGAUGGUCUUCAUUCAUUAAACCGGCGUUUGCAUUCGUUUAUUUGGACUGCUUGUUUACAAGCGUUUUUUGCGGUGAUGAAGGAUACCGUCAGCGCCAUUCAAGUACAUGACAUGAGGCUAACCGAGCCGCUCGCACUUCACUACAGUACGAUACGCGCGCGAAGAGGAAACUGCGGUUGCAGCUUGUGUUGGGCCUGGCACGCGCUCACUACGGCCCUGUCAACGCCGGGCAUGGAGGCUCAAGGUACUUGAGGGCCGUUUUGGGCGGUUGUUGCCGUUCGUGUUCAUGUGGCGGAGCUCUUGAAAUCAGGGCAACAAACAAACAAACACAUCCUGCCGAAAUUCAUUGCCCGCAGCCUGAUCCCCCACAGCUGCGUUGAUCAAUCUAGAACGCGCACUUCUUCUUGUGGCCUUGGUCGGACUCGGAGUGGAGGAGACGCACCUUGGUCGCCUCCGAGCUCCUCGGCCCGCUGUGAGGCAGGCUAGGCUGCUCGUGUGCAACGCGAUGCAGCGUGGCGCCACGAACAUUGCACACGCGGAGAGGGGAGCUGCUGUCGGAGCUGCCGCCACGCUGCCAGCGGCGCAGCUACCGCGUGCCCUACCCGGUCGGCCUGUCUAUUGAGGCCAAGUGGUGGGUUUGCUCGAGCCCUUGACCUGCUUUGCUGACGGCCCGUCUUGUUGAAGCAGGACUCCUGCUUGCUGGGGCGCUGCAAGAGCAGCGCGCUGCGCCGCCCGCCUUUCAUUCGGCGACGCCCGUUGCCAGUGGCUUCGAGCCUGUCUUGGUGGCAUCCGUUUUCAUAUCAGGCCGAGCUCCGUUACAGGAUCCGUUCCGGCGCCGCCUUCUUCGCCGCUGCUGCAGGCCAAAUUCUGCGACCUCAGCCAGCAGCACUUCGCCGGCCAAUAUCGACGGGGCCUCUCUCCGCGGUCCUGGUCGAGCUUGAGACAGCGGAGAGGAUCGGCGCACCGAAACAAGCUCUUGAGUCUUGUAAACAGGUCGCACGAACACUGCAGUUACGAGCUCCGCAAGCUGUAGCAACGGUUUGUCGUAGUGGCGGCAACUUUAAGCACUCGGAUCGAUACACGGCACGCUACAUUAUUAGACUUACACGCAUCCUACAGACAACAACAUACUGCUACCGCUGCCUCGCUCUAUUGCACGGACGAGACCUUAUGCACAGACUUCCUCCUCGGCGUCGGCGAAGUCGAGCACCCAGUAGUGCCUGUACCGCUUGGACGCGUCGUACUUGUAGCCCGGGCCGACGAACGGGAGGUCGCUGUAGAUGAAGGAGUCCGAGUCCUCGGACCAUAUCGCGACCACCGUCUCGACGGAGCUGUAGCCCGCAGCCACGACCUCGGCCGAUGCAGACACAUUCAAGCUCUGCGCUGUGGCCCGGUCGGCGAGCUUGGAUCCGUCGGAGCCAGUGGUGUCGACGAAGUUGUUCUGGGCCAUGUCGUCAGCCAGCACUUGCGCCGCUCUCAUGAGCUUCUCGUUGAUGCAGACUGCGAUGAGGCCCUUUUCGGCGCGCUUGCUGUUGACGGCCUCGAGUAGCUUUGCGCUGAAAUCGGCCACCUGCAGCUCACGCUCGGCGGGGGCGCUGGCAUUUGCUAGUCCGACGAAUGCGAGAGCGAGAAGGGUUUUGGCACUGCUGAUCAUCAUGUUGCUGCAUGGUGCGAGACUGCAGCCGUUGGUUGGUGGGCGCUGGGUGAGCUGAGAAGGCAAAUUGAAAGUGAGCCGUCAUGAGCUCGACGAUCAGGGGCUCCACAGGUGUCCGUCCAAGCAGGCCGGACGUAUAUUUCAGACACCAGUCGGAACGAGAUAGGCCAUGACCGCACGUGGCAUUCGUGUGGCUCUAGGAUCGUCGAGCCAUAUAGAGUUGGUCUUAUGCAUGGGUCGGUCCACAAAGCCAGCAGCUAGCGCUUCUACCGCGGCGGCUAUCGAAGUUGAAGUCGACCUCGUUUGCGAGCCAAUGAAAAUGGCGAGAUGUCAGUGUGGCUUACAUGUUAGUUGCAACCCCGAAGGAUCUACCCGGUACGCUCCACCGAAGGAGGAACCAAAGCUUCAUGGACGCUUGAACGUCAAAAUUUGACAACAGCAAAGAGGGUUGCUACAACAGAUACUUCAAGGAUUGGGUCCAUCCAGCCCACCCGCUCCAAUACGAAGUGAAGUGAAAUAUGAUUGAAGAUAUGACCCGAGCCUUCGAGGAGCUUGUCGAUAACGUGCUUGCAAAGCGCUGCAGGGAAGGAUCAUUCCGAGCACCAGAAGCACAAAUCGUCAAUGUACGGAACAUCGAACGCGAUACUCUUUGACUUCAACUUCGAUAGCCAAUCACUGAUCAGAUACCCGUAUGCGCCGCGGUAAGAAGCGCUAGCUGCUGGCUUUGUGGACCGACCCAUGCAUAAGACCAACUCUAUAUGGCUCGACGAUCCUAGAGCCACACGAAUGCCACGUGCGGUCAUGGCCUAUCUCGUUCCGACUGGUGUCUGAAAUAUACGUCCGGCCUGCUUGGACGGACACCUGUGGAGCCCCUGACCGUCGAGCUCAUGACGGCUCACUUUCAAUUUGCCUUCUCAGCUCACCCAGCGCCCACCAACCAACGGCUGCAGUCUCGCACCAUGCAGCAACAUGAUGAUCAGCAGUGCCAAAACCCUUCUCGCUCUCGCAUUCGUCGGACUAGCAAAUGCCAGCGCCCCCGCCGAGCGUGAGCUGCAGGUGGCCGAUUUCAGCGCAAAGCUACUCGAGGCCGUCAACAGCAAGCGCGCCGAAAAGGGCCUCAUCGCAGUCUGCAUCAACGAGAAGCUCAUGAGAGCGGCGCAAGUGCUGGCUGACGACAUGGCCCAGAACAACUUCGUCGACACCACUGGCUCCGACGGAUCCAAGCUCGCCGACCGGGCCACAGCGCAGAGCUUGAAUGUGUCUGCAUCGGCCGAGGUCGUGGCUGCGGGCUACAGCUCCGUCGAGACGGUGGUCGCGAUAUGGUCCGAGGACUCGGACUCCUUCAUCUACAGCGACCUCCCGUUCGUCGGCCCGGGCUACAAGUACGACGCGUCCAAGCGGUACAGGCACUACUGGGUGCUCGACUUCGCCGACGCCGAGGAGGAAGUCUGUGCAUAAGGUCUCGUCCGUGCAAUAGAGCGAGGCAGCGGUAGCAGUAUGUUGUUGUCUGUAGGAUGCGUGUAAGUCUAAUAAUGUAGCAUCGAUCCGCAAUUCUACAUGAUACGCUUUUUUUGUGGUCAAAGCAGGGAAAUGCCAUAAUACGUCUUCUCCGAUAUCUAAGCCAGCAGAACGUUUGCUGGUGCAGGAGCGCAGCAUGAAUAAGCAAAAGUUGCACAUCACUAUGCUUUGUACUUGACACUUCCAACAGACUCAGCACAACAAGGCUCAGUCUGCGUUAAUCAAGGCCAAGCUCAUGAAAGCUACGAACACGAGCACGUUAGAUGCAAACAGCCAGCCGAGCUGAGAGCUGUUAAUCUACUUGCCGGCAACAGCAGAAAACAAGAGAUUAGCUGCGCGCUUUCUCGAUCCCCCACGUCCAACGUGUUGGAAAUCCCAACACACAUCAAACCAACGUACCGCAUCAACUCGGUACAGGAUGGAGGGGAUGGCGAACGCAGUGAUCCAGAGGAAGGCCUCGAAGAAACACCCGAAGCUCGUCCACGCACUG